AGGAGAGCGAUGGAUUUCGCAAAAGAGAAGGGAGCAUCAACAUGGCUCACUGCCAUACCAUUGGUGGAACACGGUUUUGCACUCCACAAGGGCGCUUUUCAAGAUGCCCUAGCCCUCAGAUAUGGCUGGACUCCAGCAGACAUGCCCCUAAAAUGUGAAUGUGGAAAAAAGUUAUCAGUGGAACAUGCCAUGUCCUGUGCUAGGGGAGGAUUCCCCUCAAUCAGGCACAACGAGAUCAGGGACCUAACAGCCACCCUCCUAACAGAAGUGUGCAAUAAUGUUUGUACAGAGCCGGAAUUACAACCUGUGUCACAGGAAGCUCUGAGAGGUGCCUCAGCCAACCGCCAGGAUGGAGCUUGGCUAGAUAUAGCAGCCAACGGUUUUUGGGGAGGAACAUUUCAAAGAACUUACUUUGACGUUAGAGUAUUUAACCCCCUGGCCCCGUCCAACAGACAUACCCAACUCUCCUCCGCAUACAGAAAGCAUGAAAGGAUCAAAAAGCAGGCCUAUGAACAAAGAAUAAGAGAGAUCGAACAUGCCACCUUUACACCACUUGUACUUUCUGCCACAGGGGGGCUAGAUAAUGAGGCCAACACAUUUUACAAAAGACUGGCAUCACUUCUGGCAACCAAAUGGAACAAUCCCUACAGUAGUACUAUGUGCUGGCUAAAAUGCCGACUAUCUUUCUCUCUCCUCCGAUCAUCAAUCAUGUCCAUUAGAGGAGCAAGGUCCUCAUGUGGGCACGCAACGUUAACCCCUACAGCCGUGGACCUGGUUAACUCUGAAUGUAACAUUACAUUAUGAACUAUUUUCACUUACUCUUUUUUUCACUUACUUUGAACCUUCUAUCAUUGCGCAUGCAUAAAAAAAAAUAUGUAUAUAUAUAUAUAUAGGGUUUUGCAUAAUAUUAUAUAAUCUUUAAAAUUGAGGGUGUAGAGCGUUCCUUAUAUGGAUUUAGUGCUGAUCACAUGAUCUCCAGCCAAUCAGCUUAUCUGAAAGUAGUUAGGUGACCAUGGAUUAAAUAACUUAAUCCACACUUAAGUGUGCUUUAAGUUAAGUGUGGAUUAAGUUGGUUUGUUAAUGCACACUUUUAUCAAACAAUCAUAAUACAAGCAGAUUGAAUCUGAAUGUCAUCAUAAUUAUAAUAAUAAUACAAGCAGAUUGAAUACGUACACAAGCAAAGUAUUAGAAAGUUGAAUGUUAUUGUUUCGACUUGUUUCAUGUGUACCGAAUUGCUGACUUGACCACGUACCAUAGCAUCAUCACUUUUUCGUCUGGAGAAAUAGGCUCAGCUUGCUUCGAAGAUGUACGUACGUACCUGUACCUAAGCCAGAUCCAUAUAAUCGUUUCAUCAAAGGUGCUUCGAAUAUCAUAGUGUUCCAAAAGAGCAAACCAGAUACUCAUUGCCAUAUAGUUUGCGCACAAAGUUUCCCAUCCAGUAAGCCAGAUCAAUUAACUGGAGGCAUAUCCAGUGUGAAAUCGGGACUGUUGGUCAGCAGGAGAAAUAAAUCGAGAACAUGCCCAGUCAGUCCAGAUAGCUUUAGAUCGUAUCUCCUUCUCCUUUGCAUCAGUUACUGGAUCUACAAACCUACUAAAACUUGCUAUUACGUCUAGCUAGCUAGCUAGCCACCAGUAACUGAUUUAAAAUGUAGCUAGAUCUAGCUGCCACGAGGCUAGAGCUCACGUGACAGCACUAAAUCCUUUAGAACACACCUAGCCAAGUCACGUGUUUUAAUGCUGGUGCACUCGGAUGGCCUCUCGGUUACGUAAUGCACUCGGCUGCGCCUCGAGCACCACGUUAACCUCGAGGCCAUCCUCGGCACGCAGAUUAAAACACUUAAUCUUUGCUAGGUGUGUUCUAAAUAAUACUUAGAUCCCACUUGAGUGUUUUUGCUUAUUGUUGCUAUGUGCUCUAUUUCUAAUAGAGCACUUGCAAUGUGCUCUAUUAAAUGCCUCAGGCUAUGUACGUUAUAUUGUCUUUUACAAAGAGAUGCACAUGUAAUAACAUGACUGUAGCUAGAUGCACAAUAACAUAAGUAUAUAUACAGUUUGUAGAAUGGAAGAGGAAAGCUCUACUUUUGGCUUUGUUCAAGAAUAGUAGGAGCCGCUUAUUUCUUGGGCAGUGUGCUGUGCUUGUUUAUUGUUUACUGCAAGGCUGCAUGGGGAGGAUUCUAGCUUUGGCUUCUUCCUUUUGCUUUGUUCGAGAGUAAUAUAGGAGCCGCUCGUUUUGCUGCAAAUUCUAGCUUGUUUGAGGAGCCCCCCUUUCUUGGGCAUGCAGUGUAUUUACUGCAAGGCUGCAUUGGGGGAGGAGCUGGAUGUAGGGAAAUGCUGGGAUUCUAGCUUUGGCUUCUUCUUUCGCUUUGUUCCAGAGUAGUAUAGGAGAUGCUCAUUUGCUGGGCUUGUUUGCUGCAAAUUCUAGCUUGAGUUUCUUCCUUUCGCUUUGUUCGAGAGUAGUACGAGUCUAUGGCAUGCAUACCAAAAGUAUGCUAGGCUUGUUUGCUGCAAAAGCGGGGAGGAGCUGCCGUUUUGUGGGUGGAGCUAGGACUAUAAUUUUUUCCAUUUAAACUGUGAAUUGACUUGAAUAGACACAGAUUUAGUAGAGCAACUUUUCAGAUAUUAAUAUUCAAAAGAAAUGAUGCAGUUGCUAGGUUGACUGUUGCUAAGCUAGUGCAUUUCUAGUAGCCAAUAGGUUUUGGGAUCUAGAUAAUGUGCAUUCGAUAUCUAUGUGGUUAUAGUGUCCCUCAUCCCUCGAGCUUUGGGACACUAUAACACAUAGAUACCUCAUGCAUUAUCCAUAUCUAAUGUUUACACACUGUGGUCUCAUAUACACACAUUGUGGUGAAAUGCCAAGCCUAAAGCAAAAUUCAGAAGCAAAAUGGCGUUUUUUGUUCACGAAAGUACUAUAUAAGAUGGAGAUAGUGCACCAGACAGAGCUGCUUUGGAGUGUCUUAUUGUUGCUGAGCAUCUCCAUCAACUAUUACAAUAGAAUAGUGCCAUGCAUGCUGACUAGAUCUACAACUUUAUUGACCACAGAUAUAACCAUAUAAGGAACGCUCGACGCUUUUUUAUGGAUAUUGCAAAGAUUCUGCAAAACCCUGUAUACGGAUUACCCCCUUUUCGUGGUAAUGUACGUGCAUGCGCAUACCGUAUAACGGGUAAUUUUUGGGGGACAAAAUAUUCGUGGUGGUUCAGCAAUAUUGAACAUUUCGUGGGUAAUAUUUUCGUGGUUGGAGCUUGCACUGCAGGUAAGGUAAGCAAGGUCGCUUCAUUCGUGGGUAAAAUAUUUGUGGUCAGACCUUCAACCACGAAAACCACGAAUAUUUUACCCCACGAAAAUUACCCUCUACAUGUGGUACAAUGUAUACCAAGCCGCCUUUCUCUUUGCUGCCUGGAGUCGAGGCUACUAUCACCUAUACAAUAAAUCGGCCUGGAUUCGAGGCAAGGCCAUAUCAAGUUAAUGUUUCACGGAUUUCAGAAUUCCCAAAAAUAUAGUUGUCAAGGUCAGAGGUCAGAUUGACCACGUGAUCUAGCACUAUAAUGUAGUGAUGCUUUGAAGUAACUUUUUGUUGUGUUUUGUGAUUACUGAAAAAUGUGUUUGCCUGCUGCCACCUGUUCUAUACUGGGAUCUGCGAAACAUCAAUUUGGUGCAGCCUUACAGCUGGAAUAGACACCGUAUUCCUCGUGCGGCUACACCUUAUUAAUUAUGUACUGCUAGAGCACUAAAGUGCUAAACCUUAAAUAGAUCCAGAGGAGUGUUCAGUUACCUUACUGUUACUAUUAUAAAUUAUGAAUCUCAUUAAAAAAAUGUUUUUUUUCUUUUUUUCAAACGUACUUUUGUAUAAUGUAAUGUACUUUUGAGAGUAUGCUAAGCAAGCUAGCCCUUUUUUCAUCUGUAUCUGUCUCCAAACUUUCCAUUCAACCUUAAAACUCAUACUUUUACGAGAUAUAAUUAUCCCUCGGUGCGCAUGCACAAGCGAGGUAUACGGUAGUGUGUGUGUCUGUCUGUCUGUCAGUCUGUGUGUGUAGACUGCUACAGCUGCACAAGGAUCAAUGAAGUGUAAGUAAGAGUUUCUAUAGGCUUCUAGUCAUGUUUUCUUGGAUUUUAAUUCGUGGAUUUGUAAAAUAAUGCUUCGUUCUCGAGUUAUGCCUAGUUUUGCUUACUUGGAAUGCCAUUGCAGCCUUUUCAGAAGAGCACGUAGCCAACUUGUUUACCGAGUAUUGCUACUUUACUUAGUAGUUAGCUCUGCUGACUUGCAGCCAUUAAUUUUAGACUUGAACUUUUGGCAUCGAUCGUUUUUAACAGCAAUCAUCGUCGAUCAUUACCCACUCUUUGAGUUUCCCUGGUUUGUGCAUGCAGUAAAAUCAUAGAUGUGGUAAAAUAAAAUAUGUUCAUCAUGAUAAUUAUAAUUAAUAUGUGUAUAAAAGCUAGCUUAGUAGCUUUAUGUUAUGUAGCUUUGGCACCUCCACCGAGGCAUCAGCACCUGCGGUGCUUUUUAUUGUGGUAAUGAAUUUGCAAAUCCGCCCAAAUUAGUACCCUAAAAACAGAAAAAUCUGAAAACGCUAAAAUUAAUUACUACCCGUCUAUAAUAGUAACAUUAAGGUACCGUAUAGCGGAUAAUUUUCGUGGGGUAAAAUUUUUGUAUGCAAGCUGACCUCCACAAAAUUUUCCCCCACGAAAACGUAGGCAUGGCUUACUGGAACACAUGCAAUGUAGUGCAGGCACCGAAAAAAUCACCGUUUUCGAGUUGAACGAAAUUUUUACCCACGAAAAUUACCUGCUAUACGAUAAUUUAAAUAGAGACCGGUAAAGGAUCGCUUCAGCUGCAAAUAAUUAUGUAGAUCUACCUCGAAUAAAGGUCGCGCGUAGAGCUAGCCAACUUGUUUCUUAGCUUACUCAUUUACAUUAUAAACUAUUAUUUAUAUUAUAAACUCCCUCUGUCUCCCUCUUCCUCCUAGCUCCUAUUUCUUCCCCACCCCCACUAGAAGAAACUAUGUUAUAACGCAGUCAUUAUAGAAGAUGGAAACAGUAGUCUUCAAGGAUAGAGGCAUAUAUAUGUAGAAGUUUAAGUAAGGGAUUUCCUGUCAAGAAUAAUUAUAAAUGGGGUGGAUCUGCAAUGAGGUCAGAGUUCACAAGGAUCGAUAUGCAUGCUGCUUUUGCAGAUUUUUUCAGACUCGUAGCUAACAAACAGAGGCUAACUCGAAUAGAAAAUAUAUGCGAACAAAUGCUGCUAUGAAAGAUUCUGAAGAGACCUUCACUGUGGAGUAAAACUAGCCAUAACUCGAGAAAGAAGUUUUAGUUUGCAAAUCCACGAAUAAAAAUCCAAGAGAACGUGGCUAGAGGCCUAUAGAAUAUGUUAGUUUUCGUCGCAUUGCAACCAUUGAACAAGUUACAACUGGAAUACACACACACAGUCAGCUUUACCGUAUCCCUCGUGUGGCUACGCCUUGAGGCAGAAAAAUAUUGGAGUGAGAAAUUGACUAUGUUCCCC